GUGACACAUCGGCCAUUGAUUUCACCGACGAGCAGUUAGAUAAACGUUACAGUGAGACAGACAACCACAAUGUUAGCUUGCUAGUUAGCCAGGUGGUUCUCCGGGGUGACCUUCGUCUCUGGUUCCAGGUCUUACUUCUCGCGGUGAAGGUUUGUUUUUUGGUGGUCUGUUUUUUGGUGGGUAGUGGGUUUGGCUGUCCUUGUUGCCUGGAGAUUGCGUGUUUGGAUGAGCUACUCCCACCCAUUCACGAACAGAUUGUUGUGACAGGGUGCUGCUAGCGCGUGAUACGAGAUAACUUGGCGUACUAACAAGCUCCCUGAACGUGACUGUCAUGAACAGAUAACAUGUUAAACAACUGUCAAACUCGAACAAUGUAGCUAACUAGCUUAUCCUUCGUCGUUGGUGUUGUUUUCAUAGCAUUGGGAAGGAUGGAUGUGGACAAAUUGUGCUCUCCUUGGAUACAUGGGUCGUCGUGGGUAACAUGCAAUCAGCACUAAUCAGAUUUGUUAUCGAGCAGUAAUUAGCUUGUUAUAUAUCCGCUUGUAGUAGCCUGACAACAAUGGUUCAAGGUAUAACUGCUUAUUAGUUAUAUAUAAGCUAUAUACUGCUUGUCAGAUUGAAUUCACUUAAGCUGUUAUUCGUUAGCAGCAGACUUCUUGUAGAAUGAUACUGCUUUUGCAGAUGUCUAGAUGUACAGGCGGGGUGCAUCUACUGAAACGUAAGAUUGUUCACUCCCGUGCGCACAGACUGUUUUGGAUAGAGAACCAUGUCAUGAGGGGACAGAGAAUCAAGCGAGAUCUUUCAGCAGCGGAGACAUUUUUGGAACCUGCGGCACGCCCCUCGCUCUCUCGGAGACACGUAGCCGCUCUUGUGCCGUGCUGGUUUCCACUUGGAGGGUUUUACGGUCCCUUGACCAAGAGCUCGUGGACGGCCACUCACUUGUGCGCCUCUUACAGUUCUUCAAGCAAGUCUAAACCAACAAUUCAACAUGGAGUGGACAAUACAUAUGUUCCAUCAACGGAGAAAAGGGAACCCCCCACCACCAUACCAUUCAAGGAUGUCAGAAGGAUAAUGUCUCUUGCUCACCCAGAGCGCUGGAGACUGUCAGCUGCGAUUGGCUUCCUAGUGGUUUCUAGUUCGGUCACCAUGUCAGCCCCCUUUUUCCUGGGCAAAGUGAUAGACACCAUCUACACCAGCAGCUCCGAUGACUUCACUUCCUCCCUCACGUCCCUUUGCAUCAUGCUGUCUGGGGUCUUCCUGGCUGGGGGUGCCGCCAACGCCGCUCGGGUCUACUUUAUGCAGGUCUCAGGGCAAAAGAUCGUGAGGAACCUCCGGGUGUCCCUGUUCUCUUCCAUCCUGAGACAGGAAGUAGGGUUCUUUGACAGGACGCGCACCGGCGAGCUUAUCAACCGGCUGUCGGCAGACAGCACGUUGGUGGGCCGCUCCGUGACAGACAACCUCUCAGACGGCCUCCGUGCUGUGGCUCAAGCUGCUGCCGGGGUCAGCAUGAUGUUCUACGUGUCCCCCAGUCUUGCAGCGUUUGUGUUGAUGAUCGUCCCUCCCAUGGCUGUUCUUGCAGUGGUCUAUGGCAGAUACCUGCGCUCCAUCUCCAAACGCACACAAGACUCCCUGGCUGAGGCCACUCAGCUGGCUGAGGAACGCAUCAGUAACCUGCGGACAGUGCGUGCGUUUGGGAAGGAGCUAACUGAGGUGGAGAAGUACAUGGAGAAGGCUGACUAUGUUUUCCAGCUGGCCAAGAAAGAGGCUGUCUUGAAAGCAGGGUUCUUUGGAGUGACGGGGUUAAGUGGAAACAUCAUUAUACUGUCGGUGCUGUACAAGGGAGGCCUGCUGAUGGCUAAUGAACACAUGACUGUGGGGGAGCUGUCCUCCUUCCUCAUGUAUGCCUUCUGGGUAGGCAUCAGCAUCGCAGGCAUGAGCUCAUUCUACUCGGAGAUGAUGAAGGGGUUCGGAGCGGGGGCAAGGCUGUGGGAGCUAAUGGACAGGAAGCCGGAGUUUCCCCUAAAUGAGGGGCUGAUCUUGGCACCAGAGCAGCUGAGAGGCCAGCUGGAGUUCCAGAACGUCACCUUCUCCUACCCGACCCGCAAGGACGCGCCCAUCUUCCAGGACCUGACCCUGUCUGUGCCAGCGGGCACAGUCAUGGCUGUGGUGGGCCCCAGCGGCUCAGGGAAGUCAACCCUGGUCUCCCUGCUGCUGCGCCUCUACGACCCGGACUCAGGUGUGAUCACUAUUGAUGGGCGGGAUGUACGGGAUCUCAAUCCUUAUUGGCUGAGGAGUCACAUUGGAACAGUCAGUCAGGAGCCAGUGCUGUUUUCCUGCUCUAUUGCUGAGAACAUUGCCUAUGGAGCAAUCGACUCCAGCACUGUGACAGCCCAGGAAAUACGUCAAGCCGCUCGCAUAGCCAACGCCUAUGACUUUGUACAGGCUUUCCCAAAGGGCUUUGACACUGUCGUAGGAGAGAAGGGUGUGCUGCUGUCAGGUGGUCAGAAACAGAGGAUCGCCAUAGCCAGGGCUUUGCUCAAGAAUCCCAAAAUCCUUUUACUUGAUGAAGCUACGAGUGCACUGGAUGCAGAGAACGAGUUCCUGGUCCAGGAUGCGUUGGAGCGCCUGAUGGAGGGCCGGACAGUGCUGAUCAUUGCCCACCGUCUCUCCACCAUUCAGAACGCCGAUGCCGUGGCCGUGCUGGACCAACGACGUGUGGUGGAAUGCGGCCAGCACGCCACGCUGCUAGGCAACCGACAGGGCCUGUUCCGCAAGCUGAUGGAAAAGCAGGCCUUUCUGCAGGAGGGACAGAAGCAGGCGGUGCGGUGAGAGAGGAAGGGAGCCAGGGAGGGAAGGUAUGGGGGGAUGGAAAAGGGAGAAAAUACAAGCUUUUAACAGAGGAAGGAAGAAAUGUAGAGGUUGGUAGAAAUACGAGGAAAAGGCCUUCCUGGAAGGCAGGGAGGGAGAGGAGAGAAGGAGGACCAGAAACACUGAAGUGGAGGAGCUUAUGAGGACAAUAGUGAAACCUUGUGCAACUAUCAGAGCAUCUAUAAUCAAGACUUGCUUUUUCAAACCAAAUAACAGUCCUGACGGCAUAUAAAUGGACAUGACUGCAAAGUAUAUGUAUUUAUAUAUUUUCUGUUGAAAAUUGAAAUGUAUUCCGUGUCAUGUAUCCACACUUGCCAACUCACACAACCUUACAUGAUUCCCUCACUAUGGUUCUGUGUCUUAUGUUAAAUGAUCAGCGACACACCCAAAAGAUCAAUCCCACACCAGCUGCUUGGUCCAAGUUGACAACCUUGUAUAUCUCAAAUCAAGUAUGACAGUGUGUUUAUAAUGUACUUUGGACCUUUAUUCAGGUCACUGACUAACAUUCGUUAACACAGAGCACUGAUAUUGUAUCACUGAUAAUAGGCAGAAUCUUUUAUUGCAAGAUUGUUUUUUUUGUGAGGGGUAAUGUUGACAGGGUUAGUCUUGGUUCAACUGUGAUGAGUUCAUGUGCUUCAUUCAUUGUACUUAGGGCCAUGUCACCAUCACGACCAGACCACUGCCAUACAGUAGCUUUGACUGGACUGGUAGAGUAUAUUGGUUUUGUGAAGGCUAAAAUCCCAAAUCAUUAAUCAAGCUGUUUAUUGUGGUUUCUGUGUUUUUGUCUCAUUUCUGCUGGAUGAUUUGACUCAUGUAUGUUUUGAUAAAAAAUAUGCAGCUUGUGUGUGUACUCAUAUCAGUUAGUCAGGUCAGCUGUGAUUGUAGCCUUGUGUGUUUCAUACAACAGUUUACCAUUAAUUCAUUGUGUUCGACAUGAUUUGUUGUUGAGCAGUACACCAUCUCUACUUUGGAAUACAAUGGUGGUGUAUCAUCUUACCUGGAGACAGAGGAUGUCUGUGACUAUAUUUUACUGUAGCAGAACAGGCCAUUGUCUGUUCCCUGUGCUGAGACCUUUAACAACGAACCACCCAGUUGUCAUGAUUCUUCAGGUCAUGUAACAUGUCUCAAUACUCAUUCAAUGGAGUUAUACUGAAAGACUGUACACUGAAACAUGAGUAUUUUCUACAGGAUCAACUUUAACCAGAGUUCACCAUCCAUAAAGUAUAUCACUAUUGAGACCUAAAUCACGUAUGUGUGCAGGUUUGUGUAUGAAUGUUUCAGGAGACCUAUAUACAGAUUUUCUAUACAGAGAGCUCAAGGUAGCUUUUUUAUGGUGUUAAUAAUGUAUUCUAUUCAUAUGAGAUAUUUUAAUGAUUUUUUGUGUUAAAUUAUUAGGUCUUAGUAAGAAAUAAACCUAUUUCCAA